AUGGAGAAAUAUGCCUUUGACUCUGCUUCGGUUCUUUCUUCUUUUCGAAGCUGGUAUCCACGAAUGCAGCCACAUCGAGAUAUUGAGUCUCUUGCAGGAAACGUUCUAGAGUACAUCAAAGCCGAUGGGCAAUCAUGUCUGCUAUUCUCAUCGCUACAGUCCGCAACAGAGUGCGUAGAUUACGCAACAUCGAGUCGUCGAGACAAUGGAGUGGACAAAUCUCCCGUUCCGUCUGAGCAGAUUAGCCUGCGAGCUUUUUGCGCAAAAGAUUGCUUCUUCGCUGUCAUCUUCCCGGUCGAAAAGCGCUCUGUUGUAGCUGGAUUUUGGGGCACGCCAGGUUCUGGUAUAUCUUCUCGAUUUGCUGAAGCAAAUCUUGGCCACCUGCACGAUGUAAAGGAAGUUGAUGUAGCCGAAAGCAUUAGGAAGGCAAGCAAUUUCGACGGUCCAGUAUAUAAAGUUCGGCGUGCUCGGAUUAUGGACUACCUCCAUAGAGCCGCGACAACUCUUCAAAACCCGAGUCCGAAUAUCGACGACGUUUACUUCUUCCCAACAGGGCUGGCGGCAAUCUACAAACCUCAUACGUACAUGCUAAGUCACUUUGGAGGCACAACGGUGCUGUUCGGAAUGGCUUUCGUGAACACGGUCAUAUUAUUUGAAGAGUUUGGAUUAAACCACAAGUUUUUCGGCCGGGGUGAUGACAAUGAUAUGGACGAACUGGAGAAGUAUCUUGACUUAGAACAUCGCCGUGGCGGCAGGGUCCAGACCAUCUGGGCCGAGUUCCCUUCCAACCCACUUCUUACAACUCCCAAUCUCGACCGUCUACGACAGCUAGCAGACACUUACGACAUUGUUCUCGCUAUCGACGACACUCUCGGCAGCUGGUCCAACAUUGACGUCACGGGCAAGACCGACAUACUAGUAACGUCUCUCACCAAAUCCUUCAACGGCUACGCAGAUGUCAUUGCCGGCAGUGCAAUCCUCAACCCAGCAUCAAAAAAGUACCCUGUACUUAAAUCGCUGUUCAAUGAGUCUUACAUCCCAGAGCUAUAUGUCGGCGACGCAGAAGCCGUCGAACGGAAUAGCCGCGACUAUCUAUCCCGCACAACCACACUCAACUACAACGCAAGCCAACUCGUCCAAUAUCUAAGCACCUGCGUCUCCGACCCAAGCAGUGCUGUUCAUCGUGUAUAUUAUCCGUCGUUGAACCCCUCAGGAAAGUACUACGAGAAAGUACUGCGCCUAGAUAACCCAGAUUUCACACCCGGGUAUGGUUGUGUUUUUUCGGUUGAGCUAGUAGACGUGGAGUCUGCCAUCGCAUUCUUCAACGCGCUCAAUGUGCACAAGAGUCCUCAUCUUGGCGCGCCGUUUACACUGGCCAUUCCCUACACCGUUGUUGUUUACGGAAGUAAAUUGGAGUGGGCGGCAAAAUACAACUUGCGCCCAGCGUUGAUUCGAAUCUCAGCCGGUUUAGAAGACAUCAAUUCACUUCUGGCGGAUUUUAAAAUGGCAGUCGAAGCCGCAAGUCAGAUUCAGACAAAGCAAAGCAAAAGUUAG